AUGAUGAACCCAAUUCUCUUCUUUCUCUCACUUACACUACUAUUCCACUCCCAUUUCAGCACAACCCUAGCUCAGUCCCCUGCAGCAUCCCCCGUACCUGCUGGUCGCCCCAACAUCAUGAAAAUCCUCGAAAAGGAUGGCCGCUUUACGCUGUUUCUCCGGCUUCUGAAAAGUACCAGUGUGGGUUCCCAGAUCAAUGCCCAGCUCAAAGACUCAAACAAUGGCCUAACUGUAUUUGCACCCACCGAUGCUGCGUUUUCGAGCCUAAAACAGGGCACUCUCAACUCUCUCACUGAUGAACAGCAGAUCCAGCUAUUGCAGUUUCAUAUAUUGCCUACCUUUAUCACCCCAGCACAGUUUCAAACUGCCACCAACCCAUUGCGGACACAAGCUGGAGGCAGCGAUCCCGGUGAGUUCCCGCUUAACGUGACGAGCUCCGGUAACAUAGUGAAAGUGUCCACCGGCGUUAUGAACACUCCAAUAUCUGGCUCAAUCUAUACGGCCAACCGUCUUGCUGUGUAUCAGGUGGAUAGUGUGCUUCUUCCUUGGAGCAUUUUUGGUACUCCGGUACCAAAAGUGGCACCGGCACCGGCAAAAGCUAAAGCACCGGCACUGGCACUGGCCCCGGCACUGCCGGCGGAGAAGAAGACACCCGCCACGAAAAGUCCUCCAAGCUCCACUGUUAAUGCCUCUGGUACAGUUCGCCUUAUCACCAUGCAUGGAGUACUGGUGGCGACUAUAGGAGUUGCUGUUGUUGCAUCAUUUCUUGUGGGACAAUAG